AAAGUAUAUAAAUAUCUUAUAGAAACCACAUUUUUACAACCUUCAAUUAGAGCCAUUGUUGUCCAAUCAUGAGGUUCAUAUCUUUGCUACUCAAAUAUCAAUUAUUAACACUCAUUGUCACUUUCAUAGCCAUUACCAAAGUUAGCUCCUUGAAUUUCAGUUUCCCAACCUUCCAACAAAAAGAUGAAGCCAAAUUGAUACGAAGCAACAACACAUAUAUACAACAAAGUGCCAUCCAAGUAACCCCAGAUUAUAGUACAGUUUCAAUGUCCAAUUUAGCAGGACGUGCUUUAUACAAAGAUCCAUUCAAAAUUGCUUCAUUCAACACCACUUUUGUUCUCAAUAUAACUCCUAAAACUACCCCUGGUGGAGAAGGCAUAGCUUUUAUCUUAGCUUCAGAUCCAACUCUCCCUGAAAACAGUUCAGGACAAUGGCUUGGUAUUGUAAAUGCUUCCACCAAUGGAACUUCUCGAGCCGCAAUUCUUGCAGUUGAGUUUGAUACACGAAAGAGUUCAACCGAAGACGGACCUGACAACCAUGUUGGAAUCAACAUAAAUAGUAUAUCCUCAAUCAUACAAGCAUCAUUAUCAGACACUAAGGUGAAUCUUACAUCUAGUACAAAUGUAUUUAUAAGAGUUGAAUAUUCUAAAGAUGUGAUAUCUGUUUUUGGUUCAAUGACUGAAAAUUCAAGUGAUUCUAUGGAGACACUUUUGGUAUCUCCACCUCUUAAUCUCUCUUCCUAUUUUAAACAAGAGGUUUUUGUCGGUUUCUCUGCUUCAACAAGCAAUUCCACAGAGCUAAACUGUUUGAGAGCAUGGGAAUUCAAUAGUAUAGAUAUUGGUAGUAAUAAAAAAAAUUACUUGUGGAUUUGGAUUAUAAUUCCAUUGAUCAUAAUCAUAGGUGGAUUAGUCUUUUUCUUCCUUUAUUUUCAAAGGAAAAAAAACAUGGAGCUUCAAGAAGAUACAUAUCAAGGGAUAGAGGAUCAAAUUCAACACUCAUCUAUGGCGCCAAAGAAAUAUCGACUAAAGGAAUUGAUGAAAGCGACAGGUGGAUUCAGCCCUCAGAAUAAACUUGGAGAAGGUGGAUUUGGAAUGGUUUAUAAGGGUAGUCUUGAAAACAACAAAGAGAUAGCUGUGAAGAGAGUCUCGAAAAACUCGCGUCAAGGAAAGCAAGAAUUUAUGGCAGAAGUUACAACAAUUGGAAGCCUACACCACAAAAACUUGGUGAAACUCGUUGGUUGGUGCUACGAAAGCAAAGAGCUUCUCCUCGUUUACGAGUUCAUGCCAAAUGGAAGCUUAGACAAAUACCUAUUUAACCAAUCAAGUGAAUUAGAAUUACAAUAUUCAAAAGUACUUGAUUGGAAAACAAGAAAUAACGUGAUUCGUGAUGUCGCCCAAGCACUGGAUUAUCUUCACAAUGGAUGUGAAAAAAGAGUACUUCAUAGAGACAUUAAAGCAAGCAACAUAAUUUUGGAUUUAGAUUACAUUGCAAAAUUGGGUGAUUUUGGAUUGGCGCGUACAAUUCAAACGAGAAAUGAAACUCAUCAUUCAACAAAGGAAAUUGCUGGAACACCGGGUUAUAUGGCACCAGAAAUAUUUUUAACCGGAAGAGCAACGGUUGAAACAGAUGUGUAUGCAUUUGGUGUUCUUAUUUUGGAAGUUGUGUGUGGAAGAAGACCAGGAAAUGUGUAUGCACAAGAUGAUUAUAAUACAAGUAUUGUGUAUUGGGUUUGGGAGCUUUAUGGAAAAGGCGAAAUUGUUAGUGUUGUAGAUAAAAGGAUAAGUUAUGAAGAGAAUGAAGUCGAGCGGGUAAACUGGGAAGAAGUUGAAACUGUGCUUGUUCUUGGUUUGGCUUGUUGUCAUCCAAAUCCAAAUGAAAGGCCAUCAAUGAAAACUGUUUUGAUGGUUAUAAAUGGAGAAGUUUCUCCUCCAAAUGUUCCAAUGGAAAGACCUGUUUUUGUUUGGCCUGCGGCUAUGCCUUCAUGUUUGAAAGUUGGUGAAGAUAGCUCUCUUAUCAGUGGAACUCUCACUCCAAUUACUCAACUUAGUGGUAGAUAGAAAAUUUGAUAUCAUUUAGAGGGGUGUUGUCUAAAGUAUGUAUGGGUAUUGGCAUGUCUUAUACUUUGAUUAUUGCUUAUUAUAAUUAAUAAUGUUUUUCACUUUGAAGCACAAGUACUUAUAAAUUGGUGAUGUACUCGUUUGUAUUUGGUAUUCGUGGUAAUCUCAUUGAUAGAUAUAUUGAGAAGCUCA